UCGAGUAAGGAAAAAUAUGAAAUAACUCAAGAGGAAACAAGUAAGCUAUCGGAACCUGCACCUCAAUCGAUACCAAUUACAAAAAGUUCAGUUGAAAUUUCGGGUACAGAAAUAUAUGAAUCAUCCUCGAAAACGAUUACAAUAUCAGGUAGCUUAUUCAAAAUCCCGAGUACGGAAAAAUAUCAAAUAAGUCCAGAGAAAACCAGUGCGCUCUCGGAAUCUGCAACUCAAUCGAUUCAAAUGUCAAUAAGUUUAUUUGCAAUACCGAGUGCAGAAAUUUCGAGUAAGGAAAAAUAUCAAAUAACUCAAGAGGAAACAAGUAAGCUAUCGGAACCUGCACCUCAAUCGAUACCAGUUACAAAAAGUUCAGUUGAAAUUUCGAGUACAGAAAAAUAUCAACUGAGUCCAAAGCAGACAAGGAAACUAUCGAAAUCGCCGUCGAAAUCGAUUACAAUAUCAAGAAGCUUAUUCAAAAUACCGACUACUGAAAAAUAUCAAAUAAGUCAAGAGGAAACCAGUAAGCUAUCGGAAUCUGCAACUCAGUCGAUUCAAAUGUCAAUAAGUUCAUUUGCAAUUCCGAGUGCAGAAAUUUCGAGUAAGGAAAAAUAUCAAAUAACUCAAGAGGAAACAAGUAAGCUAUCGGAACCUGCGCCUCAAUCGAUACCAGUUACAAAAAGUUCAGUUGAAAUUUCGAGUACAGAAAUAUAUGAAUCAUCCUCGAAAACAAUUACAAUAUCAGGUAGCUUAUUCAAAAUCCCGAGUACGGAAAAAUAUCAAAUAACGCAAGAGGAAACCAGUAAGCUAUCAGAAUCUGCACGGCAAUCGACUCAAAUAUCAAUAAGUUCAUUUGCAAUUUCAAGUACAGAAACAUAUCAACUGAGUCCAGAGCAGACAAGGAAACUAUCGAAAUCGCCGUCGAAAUCGAUUACAAUAUCAAGUAGCUUAUUCAAAAUACCGACUACUGAAAAAUAUCAAAUAAGUCCAGAGAAACUCAGUAAGCUAUCGGAAUCUGCAACUCAAUCGAUUCAAAUGUCAAUAAGUUCAUUUGCAAUUCCGAGUGCAGAAAUUUCGAGUAAGGAAAAAUAUCAAAUAACUCAAGAGGAAACAAGUAAGCUAUCGGAACCUGCACCUAAAUCGAUACCAGUUACAAAAAGUUCAGUUGAAAUUUCGAGUACAGAAAUAUAUGAAUCAUCCUCGAAAACAAUUACAAUAUCAGGUAGCUUAUUCAAAAUCCCGAGUACGGAAAAAUAUCAAAUAACGCAAGAGGAAACCAGUAAGCUAUCAGAAUCUGCACGGCAAUCGACUCAAAUAUCAAUAAGUUCAUUUGCAAUUUCAAGUACAGAAACAUAUCAACUGAGUCCAGAGCAGACAAGGAAACUAUCGAAAUCGCCGUCGAAAUCGAUUACAAUAUCAAGUAGCUUAUUCAAAAUACCAAGUACUGAAAUAUAUCAAAUAAGUCCAGAGAAAACCAGUGCGCUCUCGGAAUCUGCAACUCAAUCGAUUCAAAUGUCAAUAAGUUCAUUUGCAAUUCCGAGUGCAGAAGUUUCGCGGACGGAAAAAUAUCAAAUAACGCAAGAGCAAACCAGUAAGCUAUCAGAAUCUACACGUCAAUCGACUCAAAUAUCAAAAGGUUCAUUUGCAAUUUCAAACAAGGAAACUAUCGAAAUCGCCGUCGAAAUCGAUUACAAUAUCAAGUAG